AUGUCGUGGGAAAACUCACCGAACGAUGAAGAUUCACAUUCAGAUUUAUACAAAUCAUCAGCAUUGAAACCGAAUGAUGCAGAAGCAAUGAGAGUAGUUUGUGAUAGAACAAUUGUAGCAUAG